GGUAUUAUAAGAGUUAAGGACACGGUCACAUUCUGGUUCUCUUUGUUCGCUCUGAAAAAUUGUGUAUUCAAACAUAGUUAUAUUGUACAAUAAGUUUGGUUUGAUUAAAUUAUAAAACUGGGCAAGCCCAAAGUAUGUACACAACAAUUUAAUAUCAAUAUUAAAUUCUUUUUUAAUGUAUUGCUUGGAGUAUGUGCUAAGCGGUGUGCGUUUCGUCAUACAAACCUAAAGUUUUAGAAAUAUAAAACACAGCCAAUACUUGUAAUGGACAGCUCCGAUCUAACUUAUAAUGUAACAUUUUUGGCAAUUCAACAAGGGCAAUAAAACUAUCAAAAAAAUCAAAGCAUGAUUUGAUACACUUAAAAAGUAUGGUCUUUGGAUUAGCAUCUUUAGAAAUUUAGUUAAAGCUAAAAAAUAAUACAAUUUAAUAGAUACCAAACCUAAGAGGAUGAAAUUCUGUUAAUGAGUAAUAAAAGCGACGGUAUGGCAAAAAUAAAAUAUUACACAUACUUCUGAAGAGACGAACGAUUUAAAUAACGAAUAUUAGCCUGAAACCCUACUACAUCGAAAAAUACCUAAAAAAUAAGAUAAAAUGUUUUGAAUACGUUUUGAGAAAUACAUUUGGAAAAUAUUUCCGUAAAUAUAUAUAUAAAAAUAUGACGUUCAGAUUUCAAGGAUAAUAAAUUUGAAAAAACUAAAACCACUACCAAUUACUGGAACUCCGUAAAGGAAAAAAUCAAAAUAUAGAAUUAAUUUUACCUUGUUUAUGCAAGAGCAUAAAGUACAUAUAAUUACUCUGAGUCUAGCCAAAAUAAGAGAACGAAAAAAGUUAUUCUAUUAUUAUAUAGAUUCAAUAUAACUUAUGAGUAAGUUUUCAUUUUAAGUUUAUAAACAUAAAACUUAAAAACAAAAACAAACAUAGUCAACGCACUAUGGUUGGUUCUCAGCAAAAAAAUAAUCAUAUCGAAUUGUCUGAGACACACGCAUUAAGCCAAACUACCACAUAUACGUGUGAAAGUAAUUUAAACACAACACCUCUGGAAAACAUAAAAGUCUCUAAAGCACUUUCACCUCCAACAUCACUACCUCACCUAAGAAAUCAGAUGAUUAACCAAAAUUCUACCCAGACUGGUAUCACUCAAACUAAUUCUCAUACUUCAAGUCAUCACGCAUGUCGGGGCAGUGGAUUGCAAUAUUUCAGUAGUAGCUAUGGAUCAUCGGCAAUGCUUCAUGAUAGUAAAGACGAAUUACAACCACAGCUAUCAAAUAAAUUUCCUAAUUUCACUGAAAAUGACAAAAAUAUAAACACUUCUGAUGGUUGUGAACUUUCGGGGUCUAUUCAAGCAAUAUCUCUGCCUAAUGUAACGACACUUUCCAAGAAAAACGACGUCCCCGGCUUACUUUUAGGUGCUAUUUCAAGCAAUUCUAAAUCAAAAUCGGAACCUGAAUGUGAAUCGCUAGUUUUAUUUAACGAAACUCCAGUAAUGGAGAACGACACCUUCUCCUUUCACGAGCAAAUUAUAAUGUCUGGACAGCAAAAAAGCGAGUUACAGGAAAAACCAAAAGUACUCGUCGUUUCCCCACAACAAGUAAUGAUUUUAUACAUGCACAAGCUUACUCCCUACGAACGUACAGAAAUACUCAGUUAUCCACAAAUAUAUUUUAUUGGUGCUAAUGCAAAGAAGCGCCCAGGAGUCUACGGCCCAAAUAAUUCUGACUAUGAUAAUGAGCAGGGUGCUUAUAUUCAUGUACCGCAUGAUCACGUAGCAUAUCGUUACGAAAUGCUUAAAAUAAUCGGAAAAGGCAGUUUUGGACAGGUGAUUAAAGCGUACGAUCACAAGACUCACGAGCAUGUUGCCUUAAAAAUAGUACGCAACGAAAAGCGGUUUCAUCGUCAGGCACAAGAAGAAAUUCGGAUACUUCAUCAUUUACGUCGCCAUGAUAAAUAUAAUACUAUGAACAUUAUUCACAUGUUUGACUACUUUACAUUUCGCAAUCAUACUUGCAUUACAUUUGAGCUGCUCAGCAUUAAUCUUUACGAACUGAUCAAGAAAAAUGGUUUCAAGGGCUUCAGUUUGCAGUUGGUACGAAAGUUUGCGCACUCUCUUCUUCAAUGUUUGGAUGCACUGUAUAAAAAUGACAUUAUUCAUUGCGAUAUGAAACCAGAAAAUGUGUUAUUAAAACAACAGGGUCGUUCUGGUAUAAAGGUAAUUGACUUUGGGUCAUCCUGUUUCGAGGAUCAGCGUAUAUACACAUAUAUACAGUCACGCUUUUAUCGCGCUCCAGAGGUAAUUUUAGGGGCAAAAUAUGGCAGAGCCAUCGACAUGUGGUCGUUGGGUUGUAUUUUAGCAGAGCUGCUAUCGGGACACGCAUUGUUUCCUGGUGAAAAUGAAAGCGACCAAUUGGCUUGCAUUAUUGAAGUCUUGGGAAUGCCAAAUAAAAAUAUAUUAGCUAGCUCGAAGAGGUCAAAGUCGUUUUUCAGCCCAAAAGGGUAUCCCCGGUACUGCACUGUUCGCACCAUGUCUGACGGAAUGGUGGUCCUAAUUGGUGGACAGUCACGGCGAGGUAAGCCACGUGGCCCACCAUGCUCAAAGAGUCUAUCCAAAGCGCUGGAUGGAUGCAAAGAUCCCCUAUUUCUUAAUUUCAUACGUGGUUGCUUAGAAUGGGAUGCAGACAAACGACUAACUCCAUCCGAGGCUUUAAAGCAUCCAUGGCUUCGCCGUCGCUUACCGAGACCGCCAAGUAGCUCAAGUGGCUGUGGUGGGGUGAGUGGUGUUUGUUUUAGUGGUAACCAAUCCCCAGUAACAGGACAUAAUAAGAACUUGUCGACCGAAGUAACUCCAGCGUCAACGUCUGCUACAUCUAUUUCUUUAACUAUCAAAAGAGAUAGCAGCCAUUCCAGUCUUCGUCUAAAAUAUGGUGGUGUUACGGAAGCAGACUUCAAACUUGCAAAAUGCGGGCCGGAGGGUUCAGUAGGUGCAACAAAACCACCUUUGAUGAACACUGAUAUUUUAGUAGACAGCUUCAAAAAAACUACAGUUGCGUCACCUCGCUUACCUUCAACGCACUCAGCUGACUCCGGCGGAAUAAAUAUUCAAAGCACUGUGGACGUCGGAACAUCAAAAUAUUAUCCGCCUUCACUUUCAUAUUUACCGCAUAUGAAUAAUAAUGAGAAUAACCGAUUAUUAAAAUUCUCCGGCUCGUUAAACAGCUCCGCAAACUCAUUGACACAAUUGGAACAAGUCACAAACUUAGAUGUCUUGGGAGAAUUCUCUGCUUCUACCACACCAAAUUUACCUGCAACAGAUACUGGCUAUACGUUUGAUUCGGGUUCAGUGGCCAUAGGUAUUGCACAAGAAUCCUUGGUUACUCUAGCAAGCACGUAUGCAAUGGAUAAAUCUAUCGACAUUAUUGGGAAGACAAAUUUAUCUCUACAUUCUAAUAAGAUAAAAUUACAGUCGAAUGAUAUGUAGCUAAUUUUUGACAAUAUGAAAUACGCUAUGUAAGAGAUUAGAAGCAGUACUAUAUGUUGUUAUCUGAUUUAUUGACAACGCACUGCCAUACAAGUGAUAAACUAAAUACGUCUUGGCCCUGAUUUGCAUUGCUCUAGUAUAGGCAUGAAAUCGCACAUGGACAAAAGAGAUCUCACAAAGUAAAAUUAAAAUGUAUGCAUUUUAAUUACAAAAA